AUGAGUAAUAAGAGAGGCAAUUCAGAUGACUACAAUAAUAAUAAUAAUAAUAACAAUAACAACUAUGGUGGCGGAGGUGGAGGAGGAGGUGGGCCAGGUGGUCUAAAGAAGAGGAGACCAGAUAAUAAUGAUCACGAUGUAGUGGGCUCAUUGUUGGGUGAUAUGCAAGUACAGAAGGAGGCUAAUCAACAGGGCAAACAACCAAAGUCAACGUUCUCAGCCAAGGCAGUCAUUGAUAGGAUUAUUCAACUGUGUAAUGCUGAACAGGGACAAGUGGAUAAGUUGGAGGUCGAAGCUAGACUGGGCCUGUUGACAUCAACGUUCAAGUCAGGCACUAUUCAAGAAGACUUUUCCGUGCUGAUGGAGCGACUGACCGCCAAGCACGGUAAGCCCGUGGAGACCCACGAGACAGAUCACAUCUUUGACGACUAUCGUAUCGUUUACGACGAGGACUUGAAGCAGGUGGUGCGCAAGGAGAGCAAGGCCGAUCGCACAACAUUCAAUCUGCCGACCAACCUAAUCUACGACAUUCGUGUGUCGGUGUCGGUCGAGCACCAGCUGCCCGUGCCACUCAACCUGCCCGAGAGCGGCGUGCGUCAGCGUCGAUACAAGGCCAGGAGCACAUUCAAGGACAGCCUGUGGAAGAUCGACAUGACCCAAGUCACAACCUUGUUGCUCAACGAUCAACAAGAGGCCACCACAUACGAGGUCGAGAUCGAGCUCCUCCCCACGGCAAUCCAAAACACAAACAGCAUUGAGUCAGUGCAUGAUCUCUUGAAUCAGUUCCUCGCUGAGACAAAGAGCCUGAUAAGUCUGAUACAGCCACAACAAACAUUGUCCUUCCCAGAUGUCGAGAUGGAGAAGGUCACUGCACCCCAAGAGGUGAUGCACCUUAAGGAUAUUGUGUUCAAAUAUAUACCCAAUGUAAAUACAAAGAAGACAGAUACAUUCCCUGGAUCGAUGCCAAUCAACUUUGGCAAGAAGCACUUUAGAUAUGUCCAGGCGAACGACUACUACGUCUCGGAGAAGACCGAUGGCGUGCGAUACCUAUUGUUGAUCACCAAUGACACCAUAUAUAUGAUAGACAGGAAGUUUGACUUCUACACUGUUGCCUACCCGAAACUACUCGAGUUGUAUGGAAAUGAUACACUGUUGGAUGGAGAGAUGAUUAGACACUUGAAGACAAAGAGACCUAUUUAUUUGGUGUUUGAUAUACUGAGUCAUGGUGGAACGCCUGUUGGCGCGAAGAAGUUGUCUGCUCGACUAGAGGCCAUCAGGAACAGUAUCAUGGUACCCUUCACCAAUCACAUCGAGAACCAGAACCUCCCAAUCCCAUUCAUUUUGUGGGCAAAGAACUUCCAUCCAAAGACUCAACUAGACACUGUGUUCAAGUCUGUUAGGAACCGAGGAGGUGGAGAUAGAACAUUCGAGGAUCACAAGAGGAAUCAUAACACUGAUGGUAUUAUAUUCACUCCAAACACACCUUAUACACCAUACACUCAACAGGAUUUGUACAAGUGGAAGUACUUGGACAAGUGGACGAUAGACUAUAGGGUGGUGCGAAGAGACAAUCAGCGCGAGCCGCGUUGGUUCCUCACGUGUCUGGGCAGAGAGAACACUGACGUGGACUGUCGCGAGAUCAACUUCUCGUCAGAGGACUUGGACAAAUUGCGACGCGACUACACCAGAGCACGUGAUCCCAACACUGUCAUUGUCGAAUGCUCCUACCAGGCCAACAUUGGUCGUUGGAAGUACCACAUGGUGCGCCAGGACAAGGUCAAGCCAAACUACAUCUCCAUUGUGAUGGACACAAUGGAGUCGAUCGCUGAGGCUAUCACAGCCGAGGAGCUUCAGUUCAGAGUGCCGCUCAGUGCCGAUAAUGACAACUGGGACGAGGAGAUGAGCAGGAUGCGCGCUACACUGCUGGCAAACAUCAAGAAGAAGUCAGGAUCAAGCAGUAGCAGCAGCUCAUCGUCCAGUUCAAGGCAUCACCAAGGACACCAUCAAUCGUCAUCCUCAUCUCUUCAGGCACAACAUCAGCAGCAACAACAACAGCAAUCCCGAUCGUCGGCCUACUAUCAGGGCAGCAACUAUGAAGGUGACCCAUUUGGAGGCGAUGAUGACACCACUGGCUCGUCCAAUCAACCAGCAGGCAGCUAUCAGAAUGGCGAGCAACAAGAGUACAUUUAG